GAGGGCCCAACGGGGGAGGCUACCUGCUGAACAACUACGAGUCGUUUGCCAUCACAGUGGGCGCCAUUCUCCUCUGCGGCAUUCUCAACUCCUUCUCCAUCAAGUUCAUUGGCCGCCUUGCCGUCGUCAGUGCCGUCUAUCAGAUGGGUCUCGCCAUAGUCAUCAUGAUUCUGCUGCCGUCGGUAGCGCCAGUGCACCAGAGUGCCUCCUUCGUCUUCACUCACCACCACGUGCAGCUGGACGUGUCUCUGCUGCCCACUAUGGCAAGUUUCGAGGCGCCUCAAAAACGCCUCUCACCUGCGUGCCCCUCCUCUCACUUUGAUACCCAUUGCUGCACAUCCCCCUUCCAAUCCCCCCCCCGGGCCUACGCCUUCAUAGCAGCCAUGCAGCUGUCCCAGUACUCCCUCUACGCAUACGACACCGCCGCCCACAUAGCAGAAGAAAUCAAGAGCUCUAACCACACGUUCUCUGCCAGCCAGCAUGGCAGAGACACGCACCCGCCACCACCCACAUGCAACUCCAUCUAUUCCCUCUCUCACCUUCCCUCCCUUCCCCUCUGGACCCUGCCCAGGCCGAUGCAGCUAUCGCAGUACUCCCUCUACGCAUACGACACAGUGGCCCACAUGGCAGAGGAGACCAAGCGCUCCGAUCGCGCGUCCCCAGCCAGCAUGGUGCUCUGCCUGUCCGCGGUCAGCCUGCUCGCGUGGGGGCUGCUCGUCGCCUUCACCUUCUGCAUUCAGAACGACGACAACCUCACCAGCCCGGACAGCGUUACGGCCGGCAAUCAGAUCCUGGUUACCAUCAUCUGGGAGGCCUUUUUCGCUCGCUUCGGCAGUGGCACAGGGGCGGUGGUGGUGCUCUCACUCAUCUACAUCGCCUUCCUCUUUGGCGUCUUCGCCGGCAUUCUUGGCGCCUCCCGCGCGGCCUACGCCAUAUCACGGGACAAGGGCCUACCCUUGGCGUUCAUCUGGCGGCGGGUGAACCGAGACAAGACGCCCAUCUACUCCGUGUGGCUCUGCUGUGGCGUCGCCAUCCUCUUCUCCCUGCCGCUCCUCAAGGACUCUUUCCUCUUCUCCGCCAUCACCUCCCUCGCCACCGUCGCCUGGGUGGGCGGCUAUGCUGUCCCCAUCUUCUUUCGGCUCAUUCAAAGGGAGGAGGACUUUGAACCGGGCCCGUUCUACCUCUCUAAAUACGUCGGCGUCUGGGGCAGUCCGACGGGUGGAGGCGAAGAGGAGGAGGAGGAGGAGAAGAAGAAGGAGGUGGAGGAGGAGGAGGAGGAGGAGGAGGAGGAGGAGGAGGAGGAGGAGGAGGAGGAGGAGGAGGAGGAGGAGGAGGAGGAGGAGGAGGAGACGGAGGCGGAUGGGUGGAGCAGUGAUUGUUGGUAUGCCUGGGAGCUGCACUAG